AUGUCACAGGCAACAAUACCUUCAACAAUGAGUGGAAUCCAACUAUUAAAUUAUGGUCCCCCUCAACCAUCCUCAAUUUAUUACAACAAAGACCUUCCUGUUCCCGAAAUGACAAGAUCCACUGAGGCUUUGAUCCGUAUCAAAGCAGCUGGCGUGAACCCGAACGAAACAAAAGAACCAAGCGAAAAUAUCAAAAUUUUCACAUCGUGUUUUUCUCCUCUUCCGCACAUUAUAGGCGCAGAUUUUUCGGGUGUCAUUGUCGACAAAGGUAAAGACGUAAAAUUCAAUAUCGGUGAUCAAGUGUUUGGAACACAACCGUUUCCUUUUUGUGUGUAUGGUACGUACGCCCAGUAUACUGUGGUUGACACCAGCGAGGCUGCUAUUGCAAUCAAGCCAAAACAUCUUUCCUUUGAACAAGCAGCUUCAGCCGGAAUGGCGGUAACAACUGCUUAUAGGGGAAUUGUAGACAAUGGGUUGAUUGUGCCUGCUACAAUGCGAGCAAGACGAAAAAUUAUCAUUGUAGGUGCAUCGGGUGGUGUGGGAAGCUAUAGUAUUCAAAUCGCCAAGGCUAUAAACCCUGAAAACCUCGUUAUUGGAAUCUGCAGUGGUAAAAAUGCGGGGUUUGUAAAGUCAUUGGGAGCAGACAAGGUGAUUGAUUACAAAGAUAAAAAAGCCUAUGAUGCAUUUGUGGAUCACAGCGUCAAGGGGACUUUCGACAUCAUUUUUAAUUGCAUUGUAGGAGAAGAUUACCACUACCAAAAACUUAGUUCGCUCUUGAAAAAAAAAGACAGCGUCUAUUCCUUCAUUGUAGGGGCAACGGAAAACAUUGACUUGCCAUACUUUGGGUCCUCGUUUGCAGAAUUUUCGCUUUUUUGUACAAAUACGUACAGAAAUGUUUUUGCGACACAUCGGUAUUCUGUAGUUAACACUUUCUUUUGUUCGUAUGCCAUUUUUGAAUCGAAAAUCGCUCCAUUGUUCGAAAACGGAAAGAUCCGAGCUCCCAUUGUUGACAGUGAUAGUAUUAUGCCGCUAAAGGAGGCUAUUAAAGCACAAGAAUUACUUUCUACAAACCAUACUGUAGGGAAAAUUGUCUUAACAGUCGAUUAA